AUGGACGAUCUACUGGACAAUACCUUUAUGGAGCUAAAAAGAAAAUUCAACAUUGACACCAAAUUUAUAGUAAAGUACGUGGACGAUAUUUUUGCUAUAGUAAGACGAAACGACGUGGAUACGAUUUUAAAGACACUCAAUCAAUACCAUCCCAAACUGCAAUUCACAAUGGAACCAGAAACUCAUUCCCGCAUCCCGUUCCUAGAUGUCAUGAUCCACAGGAAAAAUGACUCCAUAUUAUUAGAUUGCUUCGUGAAUAUAUUGAUUUUUUACAAUAACGUGGGAUACAAUUACGCACCACCGCAUCCCCUGCCAAUAUACGGACCACUAAAUACAGCGCACGCGCCACAGAUCUUUCACCAACCUGUAUCCUCAUAUAACCCAAGAGAACAUUGGAUUAUAGAAAAAUUAAAGAAAAAAAUAAAUCUGUUUGCUUUCGGCAAGAUAAUAUUAAAGCUGCUGGUAUUCAAAAAGAUUGUGAAAUUUAUUGGAGUAAUUUGUUUGCUUUUAUUUCUUCCGAAAUUAAAAGAUUUUCUCAAAGACGAUAUGUCAGUGGAUGAAAGUAAUGCGGAAAGUAGCAGAAUUAUCACAGAAAAAGAUGAACUCGAGAGGCAUAUUUCGAAACUACAAGCAGUAAUCUUAGGAUCUAUAACAUCACAGAGAUCAACUUAAAAAUAAUGCAACGUAUCUACUCAUAUCGUCGGCUUAGAAUGCAGAUGUUAUCAGUCCACUGUUUAAACAAAUUUUAGAUUUUUCUGCAGCAUUAAAGAAAAUGUAUAAAUACACCAUAAAAGAAAAAAGUAUA